CGCGAAGCUUCAAUUCAACAUUUGUCAGAUUUUUUUAUUUUAUUUUACUCUGAUGAUUGACGUAAUUCACCAAACAGGAGGAAACAGAAUGGAGGCUGCACAUAAAGGACAUCUACUCGCCAAAUGAUUUUGAGGGCGAGUUCGGCGCGCGCCCGGCCGGGCCCUGGGCCGACCCGCGCCCCGCCCCCCGACCUGCACCGCUUCCUGGCGGACCUCUCCUACCUGGAGCGCGCGUUCCCGUGCACGGAGGCGGAGCGCGCGUGCCUGGAGCACGGCCGCCUGCUGCACGCGGACGGCAACUGCUACCGCGUGCGCGAGCAGGGCCCGUGCGCCGCCGGGGAGGUCUUCCGCGUCAACAAGACGGAAGCGCUGCGCGGCGAGCUGCUGCGCGGCACGUGCAGCAAGCAGUGCAAAAGAAAUAGAAAAAAGACGUUUCAGCAACUUUUUAUAAUUAAUAUUAAGAAACAAAAGAGAAGCAGAAAAUCAAAACACAUAUUGUACACUGAUGGUGUGCCGGUCGGAGUGGGGGCUGCAGCCGACGGUGGACAUCUUCGGCGAGUGGGUGUGCAAGUGCCUGACGCCCGACUGCGCCCCGGCGCCGUCCACGCCCGCGCCGUCGCCCCCGGCGGCGCCGUCGCCCGGCGCCUCGCCCCGCGGGCGCCCCCCCCGCCGACCGCCUCGACGCCCCCCCGCGGCCACGCCCCCCGCCCCGCUCCCGCCGGCUUGCUGCAGGGGCCCGACCUCUCGCCGCCCCAACGC